AUGCCUGCAUGCAGAGCACUGGCCGAUGACCUCCUGAAAUCAGAAGCGCCCUUGGACUACCUGGUCCUCACACAAGGAAUGGCCACUCUGCAGGGCUACACGCCCACACCUCCAGAGAAGGGUGGUCUGGACGAGAAGCUCACAUUGCACUACUACUCCAGGGCGUUGCUGAUGGAUGCCCUGGGGCCUCUUCUGCAGAAGUCGAGCGAUGGGCGCUGUUUGUCAGUGCUGAGUGGUGGUAUUCACAGUGCUUACGCAGGCUACGUGGAGGACCCCGACCUCUCGAAGGGCUAUUCCCUGACGAACGCAGCCAACCUCGCAGGCUUCUACAACGACAUCGCGGCGGAUGCGCUAAGCAGCGCAUACCCAGGCGUGAGCUUCGCACACGCAUCCCCGGGCUUCGUGGCCACUUCCUGGGGAACCGAAAUGCCGGCGGUCGUUAAGGCCUUGGUUCGGCUGUUGCAGAACUUGGGUCGCUCGAAGGAGGAUGCUGCUGAGUACAUGUUCAGGAGCCUCUAUCAUGAUGAUUUCAAAGGCGGUGGCUUCUACAUCGUGAACCAAUACGGCGAGAACACUGGCACGCUGACGAGCCUCCACAAAGAAGCGAAAGACACUGUUUGGAGCCACACAAAGGAGAUAUUGGCGAAGUUUUGA